CCCAGCGUGGCUAGCUGGGAACUGUAGUUUUGUGGUCCAGGGCCCGCUCCGCCCUCUCCGCUUCCGCUCAGCUCCAGAUGAGUCGGCAGAAUGGGCCGUAGGCUUGGCAAAGAGCAAGGGACUACAAUUCCCAACGGACCCGGGAAUCCAGUGCGCAGCCCCAGGUGGCCUGUGGAGCGCUCUCACGCACGCGCAGACGCGACGGGCGGUGGCGGGAUUCGGUCGCGUGCGCUUUCCCGCCCUAGCCAUCCGGACGCUUGCCACGCCCCGGGACGCUUGUCGCGUCUUGUCUCCGCGCCGCAGGCUCGCUCUGUCUCGCCUCCACGCGCCCCUCCUUUCACCGGUUUCUCUGGGAGUCGGGACCCCGCCCGUUUCCCGCCUCCAGGCCUCUGUUCGUGCACGCCCUAGCCCGCCCCUCUCCUCUGCGCCUAGGCUGGUUCUGCUGACGGUGGAGGCUCCAUGUUGUCCCCUCAGCGAGCGUUAGCAGCUGCCUCGAGAGGAGCAGGUGACGCCAUGGAGAGUGGAAGACCUGGGCCAGUGCAAGUUGUUUUGGUUCACAAAGACCAACAUUCCUUUGAGCUAGAAGAGAAAGCCUUGACCAGCAUCCUCCUACAGGAUCAUAUCCGAGAUCUUGAUGUGGUGGUGGUAUCUGUGGCUGGUGCCUUCCGUAAGGGCAAAUCCUUCAUUCUGGACUUCAUGCUACGGUACUUAUAUUCUCAGAAGGAAGGUGGUCAUUCAAGUUGGUUGGGUGACCCUGAAGAACCAUUAACAGGAUUUACCUGGAGAGGAGGUUCUGACCCAGAAACCACUGGGAUUCAGAUCUGGAGUGAAGUUUUCACUGUAGAGAAGCCAGGUGGAAAGAAGGUUGCAGUUGUUCUGAUGGAUACCCAGGGGGCAUUUGACAGUCAGUCAACUGUGAAAGACUGUGCUACCAUCUUUGCUCUGAGCACCAUGACUAGUUCUGUUCAGAUAUACAAUUUGUCCCAGAACAUUCAAGAAGAUGAUCUUCAACAGCUGCAGCUCUUCACCGAAUAUGGUCGUCUGGCAAUGGAUGAAAUUUUCCAAAAACCCUUCCAGACACUGAUGUUUCUAGUUCGAGACUGGAGUUUCCCUUAUGAGUAUAGCUAUGGACUACAAGGAGGAAUGGCAUUUUUGGAUAAACGUUUACAGGUAAAAGAACAUCAACAUGAAGAAAUUCAGAAUGUUCGAAAUCACAUUCACUCGUGUUUCUCCGAUGUUACCUGUUUUCUCUUACCACAUCCAGGCCUCCAAGUGGCCACAAGCCCUGACUUUGACGGGAAAUUGAAAGAUAUUGCUGGUGAUUUCAAAGAGCAGUUGGAGACACUAAUACCAUAUGUAUUAAACCCAUCUAAGUUAAUGGAAAAGGAGAUCAAUGGCUCAAAGGUCACGUGCCGGGGACUGUUGGAGUAUUUUAAGGCAUAUAUUAAAAUUUAUCAAGGAGAAGAUCUGCCUCACCCCAAAUCCAUGCUUCAGGCCACUGCCGAAGCCAACAACUUAGCAGCUGCAGCCUCUGCCAAGGAUGUUUAUUACAACAACAUGGAAGAGGUUUGCGGGGGAGAGAAGCCUUAUUUGUCUCCAGACAUUUUAGAGGAGAAGCAUUGUGAAUUCAGACAGCUCGCUCUGGACCAAUUUAAGAAGACCAAGAAGAUGGGUGGGAAGGAUUUCAGUUUGCGUUAUCAGCAAGAGCUGGAGGAGGAAAUCAAGGAACUCUAUGAAAACUUCUGCAAGCACAAUGGCAGCAAGAAUGUCUUCAGUACCUUCCGAACCCCUGCAGUGCUGUUCACGGGCAUUGUGGCUUUGUAUAUAGCCUCUGGCCUCACUGGCUUUGUUGGUCUUGAGGUUGUGGCCCAGCUGUUCAACUGCAUGGUUGGACUACUGUUAAUAGCGCUGCUUACCUGGGGGUACAUCAGGUAUUCUGGUCAAUACCGUGAGCUAGGUGGAGCUAUUGACUCUGGCGCAGCAUAUGUGUUAGAGCAGGCUUCUUCUCACAUUGGUAAUUCUACUCAGGCUGCUGUGAGGGAUGCAGUUGUUGGGCGAUCUCCUACAGAUAAAAAAGCUCAGUAGCCUUAACAUGAAGAUCCAGCAAGAGCACGACCAGCCCCUAGAAUCUCGGUUUCUGCCAUGGCCACAGGUCUAGAAGAACAAACAGCAGGCCUGAGACCAUCCAGGGAGAGCUGCAAUAGGACACUGUAAUAAAUGAACUGAUCUCUCCUGGGGCUUCAAAUUCUUAAACAUGCUUCCAUUUCUGUGGAAGCAUUCCUUUUCUUUGCUGUUAGUUCCAAACUUAGGUCUGUUUCCUUAUUACUCUCUGCUCUGUGCACUUUAUGGGAUAAAAAGCUAAAGGAAAAAAUGGAAAUGCAGCUUUUAAGUCUCUUAUGUGCCACUUAGUGCCUUUUAAGAUGAAAUCUAUGCUUUUUGUGGACAUGAGGGGAUGGAGGAUAAUGAAAUAUGCUGUUCAGAGGUAAAACUUGUCCAUUCUCUUAUACCUUACUUUUUUUAUUUUUGUGGUACCGGGAAUCAAACUUGGGACCUUGCAGGCAUGGUGCCACUGAACUAAAUCCCUGGUCCUCUUAUACGUUACUCUUCAGAAGGAUUCCUUUUAAAAAAGUUUACAAAACUUAGAAAAACUUUAGAAUUAAAGACUGAAAUGAUGCCAUUAUAUUUUAAAGAUCUUAUUUGUAAUACUGGUUUUCUGUUUGUCAUAUAAUGUGGGAAAAUCAUGUAUGUAAAUGUACCAUACUCUAGAAUGUAAGGUCUUUUACCUGAUAGGCUGGCAGUUUUAUUGAACCUGGUCUCUAUUUUUUGUUGAUGUUGUUCCUAUAGCUUCUUUUCAGAAAAGAGGCAAAUGUGCCUUGAAAAGCCAAGGUGGUUCAUAAUGGAAGGAAUGAGUUACUUUAAAAACCUGAUUUUGAAUGAACCUGUGACCUCUAGUAAGUCACUUGAACUUGUGCCUUGGUCAGCCACUGUGGGUGUCUAUGUUUAGUGUUAUAUACAACUCUCACACUUGCCAUUUGACAGGUUUUGUUUUUGAGAAUUCUGUGGAAGUAUGACUUAACUAAAGGUUAGAGAAGAGACAUUGCCAGAUAUUACUACCUUUAAUUAAUGCCCUAUUUCAUGUUGCCUACCAUUAAA